GGAGCCUUCUCUGAUUGGCCCAGACGGCUGUCAGUCAUUCUUGAAGAAGGCGGGACCUGGACAAGGGCUGACCUGAAGUCUGAUCCAGUCGCUUUUACGCACAGACUGGACAGUCCGCUUUCCGCGCACGGAUAACAAGAGUGAGAGCGUGUUCCGGAUAGAGAGAGGAGCAAGUGGAGGACGAAAAUUAGCAAGAGGAAAAAGUGAGCGGAAAACAAACAGAAAAGACUCAAGGACGCACAAGUGUUUUCCCAUCUGGAAAGAGAGAGAAGAGGAAGAAAGUGUGUGAGUGUGUGUGAAAGGGAGAGAGUGUGUGCGCGCCUUCAGCACUCUCCACUUCUUACACCACCACCUCCAUGUCGCUCCCCGGCUCCCCUCCGCUCCUUUCGCCGGGCUCGAGCGCCCCAACUCCGGCCGCGCUCUACCGCUCGCCCCCAGACGCGCACCUCACCUCAGUGGCGUCCACCGGUACCUCCAGCCCGGCGCACACCAACUCACACUCUCACCCCCACUCCCUGUCCCCGUCUCCGCGGCUCACCAGCAGCAUGCUCAGCGCUUUCCUGCCAGGCUUGGGCAACGGCGGCGCCGCCCCGCUUGUGUCCGGAGGCGGUGCCGCUCUAGGUCCUCUCAGUGGGCUCGGCUCGCUGAACGCGGCCGGCCUGACCCCCGGUUCCCCCGGCUUGGCGCAGACCUCAUCCAGCCCGGGUCUGUGCAGCGAGUGCAAACUGGUGGAGGUGCACGGCGUGAAGGUGGCCAGCUUCAGUGUGGACGGCCAGGAGCUCAUCUGCCUGCCGCAGGUGUUCGACCUCUUCCUGAAGCACCUGGUGGGCGGGCUGCACACCGUCUACACCAAGCUGAAGAGGCUGGACAUCUCGCCUGUGGUGUGCACCGUGGAGCAGGUGCGCGUCCUGCGGGGGCUCGGCGCCAUCCAGCCCGGCGUGAACCGCUGCAAGCUCAUCUCCAGGAAGGACUUCGAGACGCUGUACCAGGACUGCACCAGCGCCAGCUCUCGUCCAGGCCGUCCUCCAAAGCGCUGUUCUGGUGCAGGGAUCCAGGAAAGCCCCAGGCUGAUGCACCCGGGCCUCCCCGGCCUGCUGUCCCCCAACCUGCUGUCACACACCGGUCUGACAGCAGCAGCCAUGGCUGAGCUCCAGAAGCUGCAGAAGAUGAAGAUGAUGAUGAGUCUCCAGAACGGCAACGAGUCAGACAACGACGACUUGCACUCCAACACAGGAGGGAGUGAGUGUUCCUGGGAUAAAGAGCGUCUGACCAGCCCCUCAGCUGGAGCCCACAGUGGAGGACCAGGAGGUGGAGGAGCACCAGUAGGAGCAGCGGGAGGAGGAGGUGGUGGAGCAGCAGGAGGAGGAGGCGGCAGCGGUGGGAGGGGGCCGGCCCUUGGAGCUGUCAAUCAGCAACAACUCCAGCAGCAGCAACAGCAGCUACUGGCUAAUAGGUUGGACCUGCCCUUCAUGAUGAUGCCCCACCCUCUGCUGCCCAUGGGCCUGCCGCCUGCAUCUGUAGCCAUGGCGAUGUCACAGAUGAACCACCUCAACACCAUCGCCAACAUGGCCGCCGCAGCCCAGCAGAUACACACUCAUGUACACCGCGCGCCUGUCAUCAAGGAGAGGGUGUGCGACAGUCCCUCUCUCUCUCCAUCUGUUGACGAGACCAACACUCCUCUGCAGUCGCAGCCCAGCAGCUCGGCCUCCAGCUCGCCUGAAAGACUGGGAUUGGUGUCAGCUGACGCAGAUGUUGCACUGCCCAACCCCGCUGCACCCAUCAAGAAAAUAACAAAGGACAAAGAAGAGUGUUCGCUGGGACAAGCCCUGCCCCCUGGUUUCCCUGCUCCGUUCCUAUUCGCUGACGGCCUGUCGUCAGUGGAGACCCUGCUCACCAACAUACAGGGCCUGCUGAAGGUGGCGGUGGAGAACGCCCGGGUGCAGGACAAACAGAUCCAGGCGGAGAAACGAGAGCUGAAGAUGGAGCUCUACAGAGAAAGAGAGAUGAGGGAGAGUCUGGAACGACAGCUCACCUCCGAACUACAGAGCAGAGCCUCCAUCCAGAAGCGCCUGAAGAAGGAGAAGAAGGCCAAGAGGAAGCUGCAGGAAGCGCUGGAGUUUGAGUCGAAAAGGAGGGAGAGAGUGGAGGACGCUCUGAAACACUCGUCCUCGUCCUCUCCUGAGCCGCUGCACGUCGCCAACAACACCAAGAACGACGCUGCUGUAGCCGAGGAUAAACCUGAACUUAAUGGAAACCAGCAAGACAACAGCGCUGUACAAGAAUCCCGGGCGUUUCUGAAGACCCCCAUGAUGUUCUAGAAAGAAGGACUCCCCCUCCAGAAACCCCCACCUCCUCCCCCCUCCUGCACAGAAGAACUCCACCAGCCCGUUUCCACAGCUGUAGCCUGGAUCACCACUGCAACGACCUCCCCAGGCGGGACCCUAUCUUUGCUACGCGCAAACUUUUUUUGAUGUUGCUAUAAAGCGAUGAGACUACUAGGAGACACACACCCCUGAUCUGGACUCGCUGGGGGUCGUCUCGCUAUUUCUUUCUUCUUUUUGGGACAAACUUCACUCCUGUCAUUCCUCUUUUUCUCUCCCUGCAUCAGGACUUCUCUCAUCCCUCAUUUGUUUGGAAAACUGAAAAAAAAAUUUAAAAAAUCAUUCCAGCUCUCAGAUUUGGACAGACGUCGUCACAAAUAGGUUGGACAUCGUGUGGAAAAAUAACACCAAGGAUCAAUUCAAGACUUUUUAAAUGGUCCAAGUGUUUGAUUGUUGCAGACAAGAAACAAAUGGAUGGAUGAAAAAAAUAAUGACGAAAUGUUUUUCUUUACAUUCCCCUAAAGAAAUAUUGAAAACAAAAGAUUCAAACCCCUAACUUCAACGUCAACCUCAUUGGCUGGCUCUCUCAGCACCCUCUGAUUGGACGGUUAUCAGCUAAUUGGAGGAAGAGGGGGUUUUGGAAAAAGAAGGGGAAAAAAAACUGAAGCAAGGAAGGAGGAGGAAAACAAACUUGGGAGGCUAUUUCUGUCUCUCUGUUUCAUUGAGUUUUGUUUUCUGUACAGGGACUGAAAAAACAUGCAUGGGAAAACAUUUCUUAUGUUGUCAUUUGGCUUAUUUUAUCCUCCGUACACUCUUAACUCCAGACAACUCUUGUUCUCCGUUAUACUCUCUUUUCUUCAUUCCUUUAUUUUCUUCCUCUUUCCUAUGAAUCAGCUCCUCUUCCUCUUCUGUCGCUACUUCUUUAUUUGCUUUACAUUACUCUAAAAUUGUUGGAUGCAGCUUUUCAAUGUAUGAAGUAUUUUCUAUCACCCUUAACCUGUGAAAUCAGUUUCUCAAAUGAUGCAAAAGUUACAAAAAAACAAACAAAAAACAGCAAACCCUUUUUUUGUAUUACAAUGGAGUGAUUUUUAGACACGAUAUUAUAUCCUAAAAAAAAAAAAAAAAAAAAAAAAAAAAAAAAAAGGUACGUUGACUUCUCUUCCUUGACUUUGGAACUUUUCACCUUUUGAUCCCCAGUUUCCUGUGACCAGGAAGUAGUAUUCGAGUUUCUAAUGUUCUGAUGUCAAUUUAAAAACAAGGAGCAGUUCAUUUGUGUAUCUUAAACGCCUCCCAUGCAAACUUUUAUCAUAACCUUCCAUAAUAACUUAAAUUCAAUUUGAUCCCUUUUUGGUUGGAUUUUGUGAACUUAUCCCUGAAAUCAAGCGCUCCUCAGCUACAUCAAACACAAGAAACUUUUUAUUCCCCUGAUUUUCUGACCUACUAAGAGUGCAGACUGUUGUGUUGCAGUUUUGUUUAUUCCACUGUGUGUUUUAUUUGUUUAUUUGUUGAUUACUAUUUGAAAUGUGUACGUGAGGGAUGAGGGUGGGGUGUGGGAUUAAAAGGGAUAUUCCUUGUAGAUAGAAACAACAUUCAGCGUUUUCUUGUUUUUGUUUUGUUUUUUUCUCCUGAUGACUCUCACUGUUCUCUGGGUUUGAGCUGACUGCAAAUAUACAGUAUUAUAAUGA